UGGGCACGUGCACGUAGGACCAGAACGUCAACGGUUCAUGCACUCGCGAUUUUAUCGCACGAAUUGCAACUUAUCAUGAUCGUGACCGCAAAACAGCGGCGAGUUCAGAGGUGAUGAUCGCGACAGCACUUCCGAUCAAUCCAUGGCGUGCUCGUUUCUCUGCAAGCCAUGGCUGCCAUUAACGGAGAGCGCGAAGCCCGCUCGCUCGCCGGCGCCGUCUUCCCGCGCAAGAACGGUGGUGCAGCAGCUCGCCGUCCUCUUACUACUGCUCGGCGGCGUCGGCGGCGGCGGUGGCGCGCUGCUUGCCGCGGCCGCGUCGACGACGGACACCAUCCUCCCCGGCGAGAGCAUCACCGGGAACCAGACGCUCGUGUCCAAGAACGGUGAGUUCGAGCUCGGGUUCUUCAACCCGGGCGUCGGGAUCCACUACUUCCUCGGCGUCCGCCUCAGGAAGCUCGCGGCGUACAGCCCCACGUUCUGGAUUGGCGACAGGGUCUACGUCGUCGACCUGCCUCGCGCCGCGCUGGAGCUCUUCGGCGACAGCCUCUACAUCAAGGAGGACGGUGCCAGCCUCUGGUGGUCGUCGCCGUCGUCCUCCUCCUCCUCCUCGGGCGGCGGCCGCGGCGGCGGCGCGGCCGUCGCCGUCCUCCUCGACACCGGCGACCUCGUGGUGAGGGACCAGAGGAACUCCUCCCUGGUGCUGUGGCGGAGCUUCGACUACCCCGGCGACGCGCUGCUGCCGGGCGGGAGGCUGGGGCUCGACGUCGCCACCGGGGAGAACGUGUCGCUCACGUUCGAGGGGUUCACCCACAACGGCAGCCUCCGGGCCGACGCGAGCAGGAGGAACGGGUUCGUGCUCACCACCGACGGCCGCGACACCCGCGGCGCGUUCCCGGACUGGAUGGUGACCACCCAAGACAACGGCGGCUCGCUGGUGCUCAACCACCCGGACGCCACGAACUCCACCGAGUUCCUGCAGCUCAAAGUCGGGCAGGUCAGCCUGGUCCGGUGGUCGGGCGCCGACGCCGGCUGGGUGCCUCGCUGGACGUUCCCCUCCGGCUGCAAGUCCGGCGGCGGCUUCUUCUGCGGCGACUUCGGCGUCUGCACGACGGCGACCGGCGGCGAAUGCCGGUGCGUCGACGGGUUCGCGCCGUCGGACACGAAGGAGUGGGGGCUCGGUUACUUCGUCACCGGCUGCUCGAGGUCUCUCCCACUCAGCUGCGACGCCAACGGCCAGACCGAGCACGGCGACUCCUUCGCCAUUCUUGACAAUCUCCAAGGCCUCCCUUACAACGCGCAGGAUGAGCCAGCGACCACCGAUGAAGAUUGCAGGGAAGCUUGCCUGAACAAAUGCUACUGCGUUGCAUACUCAACUGAAACUGGAUGCAAGCUCUGGUAUUACGACCUGUACAAUCUGAGCUCAGCUGAUAAACCUCCAUACAGCAAGAUCUAUGUCCGAUUGGGUUCCAAGCUCAAGAGCAAGAGGGGAUUGGCCACAAGAUGGAUGGUGCUCUUGGUUGUUGGAUCAGUAGCUGUAGCUUCUGCAAUGUUGGCAGUGUUGCUUCUAUGCAGGUACAGGAGAGACCUGUUUGGAUCCAGUAAGUUUGUAGUAGAAGGAUCUCUGGUUGUCUACUCAUAUGCACAGAUCAAGAAGGCAACGGAGAAUUUCUCCGAUAAGCUCGGCGAAGGCGGAUUCGGAAGCGUUUUCAGAGGUACAUUGCCUGGAUCAACCACUGUUGUUGCUGUCAAGAAUCUCAAAGGGCUCGGCUACGCAGAGAAACAGUUCAGAGCAGAAGUGCAGACGGUUGGAAUGAUCCGGCACACUAAUCUUGUCCGUCUCUUGGGAUUUUGUGUCAAAGGGAACAGAAAGUUGCUGGUCUACGAGUAUAUGCCAAAUGGAUCCUUGGAUGCUCAUAUCUUUUCACAAAAGUCCAGUCCUUUGAGUUGGCAAGUUCGAUACCAAAUCGCGAUCGGCAUCGCAAGGGGUCUAGCAUAUCUACACGAAGAGUGUGAGCACUGCAUCAUACACUGCGACAUUAAACCCGAAAACAUACUACUCGACGAGGAAUUCCGCCCCAAGAUCGCGGAUUUCGGCAUGGCAAAGCUUCUUGGACGAGAAUUCAACGCGGCACUUACCACCAUCCGAGGUACCAGGGGCUAUCUCGCGCCAGAGUGGCUGUAUGGGCAGCCGAUUACCAAGAAGGCAGACGUGUACAGCUUCGGCAUCGUGCUGUUCGAGAUGAUCUCAGGGAUAAGGAGUACUGUCACGAUGAAAUUCGGGAGCCAUCGGUAUUACCCCAGCUACGCGGCUGCGCAAAUGCAUGAAGGAGAUGUUCUGUGCUUGCUGGACAGUAGGCUGGAAGGAAAUGCCAAUGUGGAGGAGCUCGACAUCACCUGCAGAGUCGCCUGCUGGUGCAUCCAGGACAGAGAGGGUGACAGGCCAUCGAUGGGGCACGUCGUUCGCAUGUUGGAAGGUGUUGUGGACACGGAGAUGCCCCCAAUUCCAGCUUCGUUUCAGAACCUUGUGGAUGGUGAUGACAGUGAUAUAUACGAAGAAAACUGGCGUUUGAGGACCCAAGAUUAGUGCCAGUUUCCCUUCCUGUUUUCAAAGGGAGAAGUAUAUUGGUUUCUUGCUGGACCUAUUUGAUUUCAGCAGAUUGAUCAGUCAAUAGAAAUUAGACAUGUAUGAACUUGUAUGUUGCAGUACCUGUAAAUGUAUAGUGAAAGUUGCUGCUCUA